AUGUUGUCUGCAAAUGACAUUAAUUACCUACGCCGCUGUGUGGUGCUUGCUCGUGAAGCGCUUGAAGCCGGCGACGCGCCGUUCGGGUCAGUGCUGGUGAAUGCUGCUGGCGAGAUCAUCAAAGAAGACCGCAAUCGAGUGGUCACCCAAGCUGAUGUCACCUGGCAUCCUGAAUUUACGCUAGCUGGUUGGGCACAGAAGAACCUGACCCAAACGGAGCGCGCUGCUGCCACAGUCUAUACUUCCGGCGAGCAUUGCCCCAUGUGUGCAACUGCUCAUGCUUAUGCGGGCUUGGGACGAAUAGUAUACGCUAGCUCUUCGGCCCAGCUUGUGCAAUGGCGAGUCGAACUGGGCAUAAACCCUGGACCUGUCGUUCCAUUGUCAAUAAAUCAGGUAGCUCCGGGUCUUGUUGUUGACGGACCGGCCCCGGGUUUGGAUGAGGAGGUUCGCGAGCUGCAUCGUCUUAAACAGGCACGGAGUAGUUCAUAA